AACCAUGCAUAGAAAACUAUUGCAAUAGGUUUAUUAAUGAUUUUGUAAUUCUAGCCUACAGACGGGUUGAUAUCUGUGUUAUGCUAAAGAAAACAGUGCUGACUGUUAAAUAGUCAUGCGUUUCCAAAUUAUUAUGGAAACAAGAUGCGUUUUUUGUUUUUUGUUUCUCCUGACUGAACACAUUGCAGUGAUGAGUGCUCAAGGAAAGGAUUUUAAUCAGAGUCGGCUUUCCAUGGGACCUUUGUCUCCAACUCAAAAAUCUACGAUUGUAAUAGGAAACCAGAUCAACGAGUCCAUGCCUCGGCGACCAAAAGUUUUGCCUCCUAUGUGUACAGAUCCCACGGAAAUCAGGGACACCUUCAAGUAUAUUAACACCGUGGUUUCAUGCCUUGUAUUUGUAGUUGGUAUAAUCGGAAAUUCCACGCUGCUUAGAAUCAUUUAUAAAAACAAAUGCAUGCGGAACGGUCCAAAUAUUCUCAUUGCAAGUCUGGCGCUUGGGGACCUCUUACACAUCAUGAUAGACAUUCCCAUCAAUGUGUAUAAGCUUCUGGCUAAAGAUUGGCCAUUUGGUGUUGGACUUUGCAAACUGGUUCCUUUUAUACAAAAGACAUCAGUUGGCAUUACAAUUCUGAGUUUGUGUGCACUGAGCAUAGACAGAUUUCGAGCAGUGUCAUCCUGGAACCGCAUCAAAGGCAUUGGUGUUCCCAAAUGGACAGCCAUUGAAAUCAUUCUGAUUUGGGUGUUGUCCAUUAUACUUGCAGUGCCAGAGGCCAUUGCCUUUGACAUGAUCACAAUGGACUACAAAGGAGAGCAGCUCAGGAUUUGCCUUCUGCACCCUAAGCAAAGAAUCAAGUUUAUGCAGUUUUAUAAGAAAGCCAAAGAUUGGUGGCUUUUCAGCUUCUACUUCUGCAUGCCAUUGACAUGUACUGCCAUAUUUUACACUCUUAUGACCUGUGAAAUGCUUCGGAAAAAAAAUGGAGUCCAAAUUGCACUCAGUGAUCACAUAAAACAGAGACGUGAGGUGGCUAAAACCGUUUUCUGUUUGGUGCUAGUCUUUGCACUGUGCUGGCUUCCACUGCAUCUUAGUCGUAUUCUUCAACGUACAAUUUAUGAUGAAAGGGACCCCAACCGUUGUGAGCUUCUGAGUUUCUUCUUGGUUCUUGAUUAUAUUGGGAUCAAUAUGGCAUCAGUGAACUCAUGUAUAAACCCAAUUGCUUUGUACAUGGUUAGCAAGCGCUUCAAGAGCUGCUUCAGAUCAUGUCUGUGUUGCUGGUGUCUGCCUCCUGAAAUACUAGCCAUGGAUGACAAACAGUCCUGCAUAAAGCUGAAGGUAACAGAGCGAGGAUCAGCCAUAACAGCCAUGUCUCCAACAAGUAUACUUCAAAUUAGGCACUGAUAUGCUUACAUGUAUCAAUGGCCAACAAAUUUACUUUAACAUUUAAUACUAUGCAAAUAAAACCAUGAACCAUAAAAUGGUGAUAUAAAAGGC